GCCCCACAUUUUGUUGUUGGGUGUGGUGGAAAUUAGCUUUGUUGUCAUUUUUUUUAGCCCAGAGAUUGUGAUAAUGGUAUGCAUGUAUAGUAAUAUAAUGCCAAUACAAAAAUGACCUAUAUGGCCUCGAAUGUCAGAAAAACCCCAGCAGCUCUGAAGUCAGAACAAACGCUUUUAACAUUCCCAAGGUCAGUGCCAUUUUUUAGAUUCGCGUCCAAUUUCCUUUUCUUGUCAAAGGUAAAUAACUGUUUCCCGCCAAAAAGUUUCUCACCCUCCCCCAUAUAUCACAGUCCCCUCUUUUACUGCCCCAUAUUCCACCACAGAGCAAGAGAGAAAGAGAGAGAGAGAGAGAGAGAGAGAGAGAGAUGAGGGGGACAUCCAAGGUGAUUAUGGGGGCAACUCUGGUAAUGGUGGUGAGCCUUGCCAUAGUGCUAGGCCUAAUCUUGGUGCUGCUAGCUGAGCUCUACUGUUCUCUCUUACUCCGCCGGCGUCAGCUCAGAAACACCACCUCCGACACCCCCACGGCCGCUGUGAUGACUUCCACCACAGCCACCAAUCCUACCUCUUCUCAGCCCUCACAUUCCAAAGACGAAUCACCUCCUUCCCCUCACAGUAGCUUCUACGCCCAAGGGGUUCUUCAAGCUCCAAGAAGCUUACUCUUCCCUGCAGUUUCUGGCAUAGAAGACGAGGCAGAAACAAAGAAGCUGACACAUCAUAUUAUUGACGUCCAAACCCAGGAGUCAAACGCAAGCCCACGUCAAAUUGGACUUCUCUCUGCUUCUUCCCCACCAACUCCUUGUAAUGACAAGGCCAGUGGUUGUGGGGAGCAUUUUGUGUACAUUUCUAAUCCCAUUUAUGACAACGAUGCCAUGCCAAGCGGAGUGGACAGUACUCCAUUUGAAACACCGGACACGUCGCCUUCACGAUUAGAUACAGGCGGUUCUUCUGGCGACGACGAUGAGGUUCCCCAACCAUCAAGCCCAACCACACCUCCUUUGACUCCAAUGAAGAAGCUUCCGGCCGAAGCAUGCUCCGUGUCCCUUAGGAAUGCCAGGUCGUUUGGCACCUCAGGUAGUGAUUCCAACAGUGGCAAUGGCCGUUCAUCGUCAUCAUCGGGUUCUCCUUGUACUUCUCCUUCAUGGUGAUCAAUCAUGCUCAUGCAUGUUGUAGCAGAUCGAGAAAAAGACAGCAGCAGAGCUUAAGAGUAAUUAAGAACUUUUCUCUGCAUGCGUGGUUGGCCAGUGGACAUGGUCCACCCAAGCCACGCCCAAGGCCAACUAAUUUUCUUUUUUACUAUUUCUAUCCCUCUCUGCGUACGUUGCAGGAUUGCUCUUUUGUUUUGAUUUGCUUGUGUGGUGUUCGUUUUGGAUAGUCGUUGGAUUCCUAUCGAGUAAUAUAUAUAAACAAUUGUUUUGUUUUUGUUUUGGGAUUUUGAGAAAAUAGAGUGCAUGUGAGUGGAGUAAAAGGACAGAAAGAGAAGGAUAGAUGAUAGUUUUCUUUUCACCUCGAGCGUUGAUUUCAAUGUACUGAAGCUUUAAAACAAAUAAAUCUGCCAUCCGCCUGGUCUUUUUGUC